CUCCUUUAGUGGCCCUUAACAACCCCAUAUCAGGGAGUACAGUACAGCUCGUCCUAUAGUGGCCCUUAGCAACCACAACCACAAUACCUGCCACUGUGGUAGUGUCUUGUCAUUCUUUGUUUUAGCAUGGCUUUCUGUGUGCAGGUCCGCCAGCAGCUGCAGGCACUGGUGUCCUCGGGAGGCUCUCAUAAAGACCAUGAUAAGUAUCGUAUAGUCCUAGACUCCAUUCUUAAAGUUGGCAAUGACGAUGACAUGACAGAAGGCCUCCAGACAUUUAUUGAAGCAAUUGUAAAAGAGACAGUCAGUCUCGUAAUAUCUCGACAGCUUCUGUCUGAUGUCUCGGCACAGCUUGUUGAGAUGGCAGAUAAUGUUGCAAAAACAGUUGCACAUUUCACGCUUGACAAAGUACAGCCACGUGUUAUCAGUUUUGAGGAGCAGGUAGCAAGUAUCAGACAGCAUCUGGCUGAUAUCUAUGAACGUGAGAGUUCAUGGAGAGAUGCAGCAGCUGUUCUUACAGGGAUUCCAUUAGAAACAGGACAGAAGCAGUAUAGUGUGGACUAUAAAUUGGAGACUUACCUCAAAAUUGCUCGAUUAUACCUGGAGGAUGAUGAUCCAGUGCAAGGAGAAGCGUAUAUUAAUCGUGCUAGUAUCUUACAGGCAGACUCAAAGAAUGAGCAACUUCAGAUUUACUACAAGGUAUGCUAUGCAAGGGUUUUAGAUUAUCGUCGCAAGUUUAUAGAAGCAGCUCAGCGAUAUAAUGAACUCUCCUAUCGGCCAAUCAUUCAUGAGGAUGAGAGAAUGGAAGCUUUAAAAAAGGCAUUGAUUUGCACAGUGUUAGCAUCUGCAGGUCAGCAACGAUCAAGAAUGCUUGGAACAUUGUUUAAAGAUGAGCGAUGUCAAAAGUUGCCGUGUUAUCACAUUCUAGAGAAAAUGCACCUUGACCGUAUCAUCCGUCAUAAUGAACUUACCGAGUUUCAGAAAAUGCUGCAGCCUCAUCAACAAGCUACCACAUCUGAUGGCUCUACUAUCUUGGACAGAGCAGUCACAGAGCAUAAUUUGCUGGCUGCCAGCAAACUUUAUAACAAUAUUACAUUCCCCGAGUUGGGCGCUCUACUUCAAAUCUCACCAGCCAAGGCAGAAAAAAUAGCCAGUCAGAUGAUCACAGAGGGACGAAUGAAUGGUUAUAUUGACCAGAUUGAUGGAAUUCUGAACUUUGAGGCUCGUGAUGUUCUUCCACAGUGGGACAAACAGAUUCAGUCUCUCUGUUUUCAGGUGAAUGAAAUCAUUGAGAAAAUCAACGCAGCACAUCCUGAGUGGGUUGCUAAAGUUAUGGAUGAACAAAUGAUGCAAUGAUGAAAUAUCACCCUAGUGACCCAGCUGGCUAUACUCUGUAUAACCGUUGUUUUUUAAGAAUUUCACAAAAGAACUCUCUAUGCAUUUAUUGAUCUGGAACUUUGAUUUUUUUUUUUAAAUUUCAAUAUAUGCAUACAGACAGGCAAACCUCAAUUUUGAAAAAUGUUUCACUGAAACCUGUAGUCUAUGACAAAUAAGUGUUCUGUGAUGUUUUUCUCUCCAGCAUGAGUUUAACAAAGCAAGUAUGAUGAUACCUUAUGAAUGUGUUGGUUUUUGAUGCUGGUUAAACUUCUCUUGAAAAAAAAAUACUUCCUUUUGAUGCCUAAUACACAUUCAUUUAAAAGGUGCAACUUUCUUUGAUUGGAAAUCAAUAUCUGAUUUACCCUAAUUUUGAGUCAAAACUGUAAAGAUUACAGUAAAAUAACACCAUA